UUCAUUACUCUACGGUACAGCCACAGUGGGCGCUGUUUUCCGCCGUACAUAGAGCUAUUGUAUGUACACGGCUUGAGACAACUUGUGCUACAGCGUAUGUCAUAUCAUAUCCCUCUACAACAACCCCAGCAUAUUCUCUUUUCUUUAACAUAUACCAGAACCGCCAUAAGAAUCUCGCGUUUUUUUUCUUGUUUUCAUACAAGAGCCCAUUCGCUCCUCUAGCCUAGUAGUACCCAGUGCUAUCCAAUCUACGACUCAAAAUGGCGGAUAGUGAACUGGCACCCAAGUUUGCGCCCUUCUUCGGAAUGGCAGGCAUCGCUUCGGCUAUGAUAUUUGGAUCACUAGGAGCAGCAUAUGGAACCGCCAAAUCCGGCAUUGGCAUCGCCGGUGUCGGAACCUUUCGAUCAGAUCUGAUUAUGAAGUCAUUAAUUCCCGUGGUCAUGGCGGGUAUCAUCGCGGUUUACGGCUUGGUCAUUGCAGUGCUUAUAGCAGGCGACCUGGGCCCUCCACCCCAAAAGACCUACAGUUUAUACACCGGUUUCAUGCACCUCGCAGCGGGAUUAUCAGUCGGUCUCGCAGGACUUGCGGCUGGCUACACUAUUGGCAUUGUCGGCGACGUGGGUGUGCGAUCUUAUAUGCAGCAGUCACGCGUGUUCGUGGGGAUGGUGUUGAUAUUGAUUUUUGGUGAAGUGUUGGGUUUAUACGGCUUGAUCGUCGCACUGAUCUUAAAUUCAAAGAGUUAGAGGGAUGAAAUCAUGUAUUUUACGCAUUUGUUGUAUAUUUCAGGGAUCGGAGCAUAUUUUUGUUAGCCAUUGAUUGUCGGGGAAUUGCUCUACGAUAGCUACUGUUUUGCCACAUUUUAUAGAUACACAACUACUGUCCCGUUUGAGCUGCGCUAUAGGGGAACCUUUGUGGUGGGAAUCUGGGAUAUACAAGGUCUAUUUCAUUUGUCGCCUUUGCCAUUGAUAGGGAAGGGAAUGUCCCGAUCUGUUGAAGUUAGAUUGGGUUCUUCAACCCCAGCCAUUUGCAGAUUUGCAGGCAUGAUUUAUUCCUAGCAUAAUCUGUAGACAAUAUGACUACAGAUGUCUGAACAACCAUCUCCAAUGAUACAAAAAUAAGACGUACAGAGGGCAUUCCAUUACUAUCUCUGGUCUUCUAGUUGAACUUGCUCCCAAACCCUAUUAUGUGUCG